CAACACAACUAUAUUGUGCUAAAUACUUAAAGAAAAUCUUAAGAAAACAAAAACAAAGAAUAAUUUUUCCAAAGAGAAAAAACUGAAAAAGAAACAAGAAAAAUUAUGAAUAUUGUUAUUGUUUUAAAGGUAACGGUAACACCUUUAGAAAGUGACAACAAUAACUACAACAACAACUGUGAAAUAUUAAACUUUUAAAACCAAAAAUUCGACGACGACAACAACAAAACAAUAAAACCAAAAAUUUGUCUAAAACUAAUGCCAAGAUAAUGUUGAGAACACCUACGCAUAUUGUUGAAAUUGGUACAAAUGUAACAACGACAACAACAACAAAAGCAACACCAUUGAUAUUCCAGGCAGCUGCAGCAGCUACAACAACAGGUACAAAGUACCAGUAUCAUGAACAAUAUACAAACUAUAAUAAAAAAUCAACAGUUAAACAACUACAACAAUCAUUUAUCUAUCAUCAUCAGCAGCAACAACAACAACAGCAAGAAAAGCUGCAACAACAAAAAUAUCAUAUUGAAACAAAAACAGCAACAACCAACGAAUAUCAAUUACCUAGCAAGAAACAGUUACAAGCCGCAAAAACUCUUACCAUCACUAGUAAUACAGCAACAAUUGAUGGUUGCAAUAACACCACCACCACCAACAACAACAGCAACAGUAAAAAACUAAAGAAAAGUAAGAAAUUUUCAACAUCAUCCUCUUCGUCAUCAUCCUCAACUACCUCUUCGCUGUCGUCUUCAGGCUGUUCGGCUUUAUCAACCACUUCUUCAACAGUCAGCAGUGAUUCCUCAACGGUGUCAGCCAAAACCACAAAAACAAAUUCAUCUUCAUCAUCAUCAGCUGCUUCGACAGUCUCAUCGCAAACAACAUUCACAUUUAAAGAACAUUUACUCAGUCGUGGUCUAUUGUCGUCAACACCAUUUUCGUUUAUGAGAACGAAAAAAUCAAAAGCUGCAGCAGCAAUAGCAAAAACAACAGAAAUUAGAAAAACCUCUAAACGUUUGUUGGAUUUGGAAGACAAGACGACAGCAACACGCUUGAGCAACAAUAAUAAAAAUAAACAUAAUUGCAAUAAAACCGGUGCUGCAAUAACAGAAACUAAGUCAACAACAACAGCAACAACUCCAGCAGCACGUACGGGUUAUUUUUCCAAUAUCUUAAAUAGUAGCAGUAGUAACAAUAACAACAACAAUACCAAAAACGUUAUUAAUAAUAACAACCACAAUAAUAAUUAUAUUAAAUCAUUUACCACAACAAACACCAAAAGUAAUAGAUCUAUCACUCCAACACCAUCCACUUUGUCCUCACCUUCAUCUCUAACAUCUCAUACAUCUGCGCCUCCUGUUAUAGCUGCCUGCAGUAUAGUUGCUCCUCCCUCGUUAUUAGUAGCUGUUGCCGUUGCUUCGCCACCCAUUGCCACAACAACAUCAAUGUCACCAACCUCACAAACACCACCGUCAUCACGUACCUCGCUUUUCGAUUCCUGUCAUCGUAAAAUACGUUUAAUUGGCGGUGGUCCGGUUGCAUUUCUGGGCGGUUUAGUUGCAAAAGCUCGUCGUAAAGAACGAGAUGGUGAUCAAAACUCAACAGAUACCAAAUUAUAUUUGGAAGAAAGUGUUUUAGAACGUAAAUUACCUGAAGCUGAUCUCAAAGCUCUAGUUGAUCUACCAGCUGGUUUAGAUUAUAAUGAAUGGCUGGCAUCACAUACUUUGGCUCUUUUUGAACAUGUAAAUUUGGUUUAUGGCACCAUUAGUGAAUUUUGUACCACUUCGGGUUGUCCCGAUAUGACAGGACCGGGCAACAGAACGUACUUAUGGUUUGAUGAGAAAGGUAAAAAGACCCGCGUAGCGGCUCCUCAAUAUAUCGAUUAUGUGAUGACAUUUACCCAAAAAACUGUCAGCGAUGAAUCGAUAUUUCCUACCAAAUAUGCCAACGAAUUUCCCAGUUCGUUUGAAUCGAUUGCCCGUAAAAUUUUACGCUUGCAAUUUCAUGUGAUAGCACAUCUGUAUGCGGCGCAUUUCCGAGAAAUCGCCCUAUUGGGUUUGCAUACGCACCUUAAUUUAACUUUUGCCCAUUUGACCGCUCUGCACAGGCGUUUUAAUUUAAUUGAUGAAAAGGAGACCGAUGUUUUACGUGAUUUAGAAGUGGCUUUAAGAUUAACCGAUGAUACCACCGGCGGUGGAAGCGGUGGCACUGGUAGUGGCAGUUCACAAAAUGAUGCAACAGAAACAAAUUCCUCAUCGUCAGGAGGCGGCAGUGGUGGAGGUGGUGGUGGUGGCGGUGGUAGUGGUGUAGAUUCAAUUAAGGGGAGUUUAAACGAGGAUGUCAAUUCAGUGCAACACAAUAAUCUUAUGGAUUGUAAUACGACGGCACAACCUCCAAUAUGUACACAGCCCGAGGCCAAUCUAAAGUCACAACAGUUUGGUGGCGGUGGUGGACUUAUUGGGGGUAUCUUAGGUGAUUUAAGUAGCGGCGAAUUUGGUGAUACUAUGCAUUAUUGUACUUCGGCAGUUCCUGCUUCCUCUACUACUAACAAUACCUCCUCCAAUCAUACAUCUACUCCCAACACCUGCUCUACGAACAGCACCUGCACGACAGCCGAUCAACAUUCGUCGUCGUCCUCGUCUACAGUAGGGGCCGUUACGGCAAAUGGUAAUAAUGGCGCGGGCGCUUUAAAUUUUCAUCUCAAUAAUAACAAUCACUUAGCACAUCAUCCACACACGCACCAUCCCCAUCAUCAUCACCACCAUCAUCAUCACAACAAUGUGCAUCACCAUCAUAAUCAUCCAUAUGCGCAAAAUACAGGCCUAAUACAGUGCAAUGCUAGUAACGCUCCUACAGCAACAAAUGCUACCACUUCAACAACCACAGCAUAGCUGAUCUAGAUUAAAUAUAUAAAAUUAUUAUUAUUAUUAAUAUUAUUAUUAUUCUUAUAAUUAUUAUUAUUAUUCUUUUUUUCUGUUGUUAUCUCUUUU